UUGAAGCUGUCAGGCACGUGAGCUGCACUGUGCAACGUCGUCUUGAGUGCAAGCAGGCGAUAUGGCGGCUGAUACUCCUCCCAAGGUGUUAUUUGAACAUGAAGGUGUUUUCAUACACUCGAACGAAGAUGGCGAAGAGCCAGAUCUCCUUGUUUCUGGGUUCCUACGGCUCAUUGAUAAGGAUGGUGAAACUAUCGUGGAAUACAAACCUUUGGAGGACACUGUUGAUCCAUCCAACAUGUUGUGCGCUGGCAAGGAUUCCAGCUCGGUGAUGGAGUGGGCCCAGUGUCCCGGGGAGGAGAGGUCGACUCCUCAGCAGGCGGUGGUAGAGCAGCAGCAGAGCUACGAGACUGAUUGGGACAUGAUCAACGCAGUCUCCUUUCCUAAGAGGAAACCCUGCUCCAACGGAGAGGGUGCAUUGAACCACACGCAUGAGAAAAGCAAGUGGGCCUUCACCUUCAGUGUGUGGGACCUGAGGUCUAUCACAGUGAAGGAGGAGGGCUCGUCCCGCCUGAUGUUCAGACUGAAGGAGCCCCCCACCUCCCUGCCAGUUCUCCACUUCCACCAAGGGGGUAGUGAAGACUUCCUGGACUGCUUGAGGAGAUAUGCGUUGAUCACUGAGGCCCCGGAUGAUGAAACCUGCCUGCUGGUCAGCCCUCCCAACAGAGCUCUGUCUCAGUCCUUCGAGAACCUUCUGGAUGACAACAACUACGGCCUUGUUACUAAGCUCAAGAAUGAUCCGUACGUGACGACCCUGGGGGGCUUCUCCAAGGUCACCAACUACAUCUUCGAUGCGUUCCGUGGCCCAGAGCUGGAGCAGCAGCAGCGCCCCCCGGAGGAGAUGGCUGACCUGGACAUCCUGGGACUGGGAGAGGUCAUCCCUGGCCUGGAGAUCAACCAGCAGGAGGAGCCGGGCUUCGAGGUCAUCACCAGGAUCGACCUGGGAGCAAGGCCAGAGGUGACGAGGAGGCAGCCACUGUCUGCAGAGGACUGGGCUGAGCACCAGGAGAAAGGAGGAAGGAUGAAAAAUGUCCCUCACCUCAAGAAAAUAAUAUUCAAAGGGGGCUUGUGCCAUGCGGUGAGGAAAGAGGCCUGGAAGUUUCUGCUGGGGUAUUACUCCUGGGACAGCACCUACGAGGAGAGGAAAGGUCUACAGAGGAGGAAAACGGAUGAGUACUUCAGGAUGAAGCUCCAGUGGAAGUCUGUGAGUGAGGAGCAGGAGAGGAGGAACUCCAGGUUGAGAGACUUCAGGAGCCUGAUAGAGAAGGAUGUGAACAGAACAGACCGAACCAACAGGUUCUAUGAGGGCAUAGACAACCCAGGCCUGGUGUUACUCCACGACAUCCUGAUGACAUAUUGCAUGUAUGAUUUUGAUCUGGGGUAUGUCCAGGGAAUGAGUGACCUCCUCUCCCCGAUCCUCUAUGUGAUGGAGAAUGAGGUGGAUGCCUUCUGGUGUUUUGUCUCCUUCAUGGAUCAUAUGCACCAGAACUUUGAGGAGCAGAUGCAGGGCAUGAAGACACAACUGAUCCAGCUCAGUACUCUGUUGAGGCUGCUGGACCUGGCCUUCUGGAACUACCUUGAGUCGCAGGAUUCAGGUUACAUGUAUUUCUGUUUCCGGUGGUUACUGAUCCGCUUCAAGAGGGAGCUCAGUUAUCCAGAUGUUCUUCGUAUGUGGGAGGUCAUGUGGACUGGCUUGCCCUGCCAAAACUUCCAUUUGCUGGUGUGUUGUGCCAUCCUAGACUCAGAGAAACGGAAAAUCAUGGAGGAAAACUUUGGCUUCAAUGAGAUACUCAAGCACAUCAAUGAACUCUCAAUGAAACUGGACAUUGAAGAAAUCCUUCACAAAUCAGAGGCUAUUUGUAUGCAGAUCAGAAGUUGUAAGGAUUUGCCUCAUUCAAUAAUUGAGAUCCUGGGAUUCAACACAGAAAGCGAACUUCCCAGAUUAGAAGGGCGGGAGUUUGGGACUCUUGAUUCUCCUCAGUCCCCCAGACCCACACAGAGACAGGAGGUCUUCUCUAAUGGUCACAAUGGACAUUACAGAGAACCCCUUCAAAACGGCUGCAAGGUCACUUUCAUAUCAUAGUGAACAAUAUCAUUCACACAGAGACUUUGCAAUGUCCACAUACCAGAAUGAGUAUUUUGGAUUCAGUUAUUGGAUAAUUUGUUAACUGAAGCAAGCUUAUCAAAGCCCUUAUAUGAAGAGAAAAUAAUGUAAAAAGGAUUUAAAGUUAUUAUUUUUGUAAUUUCUUGUACCAUAUUGUCUUUCAUUUAAAUAAGUCAUUCCUCCUUGCUAAGGUUUUUUUUGUAAAGACUGGCAAGGUGAGUUUAAUUUGUAAAGUAAUAAUAUGCUGUUUUUAUUUCAGCUAUAACCUUUUCCUGAAUCACGGACACAAGUAUUAAUUGUUUGUUUGAUUUACGUUUUAAAAACAAACAAUUACUUUUAUCAAGAUCAAGCCAGAUAUCAAUUUGGUAGUAAAUUACAAAAGUGCUGUAAAAUGUUUUGUCUUAAUGCUCUGUCACAAUUAAUACCCUUUUCAAAUUGAAAAUGUGAAAAAGAAAGCUCAAACAUCUCCCUGAAUAAAAAAAUAAUAAUAAAGCCUUUAA